AGACAGAGACGGAGAGAGUGAGAGUUCGCGGCACACACACACCCACACCCACACAUUUUUUUCCCGUCUCUUACAGAGGAGGGGAGUGGGGAAGAGGGAGGCUACGCUGGCACUGGCGAAGGGCGAUCGCCAGGGGGCCACACUCCCUCCCUCGCAAUUGUUCAGCCGUUGUGGAAGAUGCUGCGAGCACGUGGAGGCACUAUAACUACUACAGCAGCAGCAUUACUCCAACUCCUCCUCCUUCUCGCAGACAGACAGACAAUCCUACUCUCCCUUCCCUCCUUCCUUCCUUCCUGGCUUGGCUGGUUGGCUGGCUAACUGCAUAACCCUCAUCAGCAAUCACGCUCUGACUCGCAAGGCUUGCCAGCCACCUCUAUUUUAUAUUUAUUUUAUCUUAUUUAUCCCCCCUCCCCUACCUUCCUUCCGUCCCCUUGUUCUCCUUCUUCUUCUACCCUUUUCUUUUCCCCCUCUAACUCUCUCCUAGUAGCCUUUGCCGUAGCCUUGAGGCGAGCCCAAGGCAUUAUAUCUGCCGCCAACCGAAUCCUGCUCAUACUCUUGAAUGUACAUUCUGAUGGUGGGUGGUCUUUCUCGCAGCUUUGUGGUGCUUGUGGAGUCGGGUUUCGUUUGUUCCGCUCUGCGUCAUCAAUAGUCCUCUCUCGCUGGUGUCAGGAACUAGCUGAUGAGUGUCAGGUGAUUGCUUGAUUAGGUCUAUGCCUUUUUUUUUUUUUUUUUUUUUUUUUUUUCUCCCCCUUCCUCCCUUUAGCUGUGCGAAUGGGGCGCGGUGAUGAGUUGAGGAGGUGAUCGAGUGCGACAUGGCUCGCUGUGAGGUGAGAGGAGGGAAGACGUGCUGGAGAGAGAUGGAAAUGGAGGAGCAGAGUUUGCAGUGAAUUUGGCGAGGUUUAUCUAGGUUUGGGUUAUGGAAGUAGAUGCAGCAGGAAUGGUUGAAAACAGGGGGACUGGGCAAGAGCAUCACCAGCAUUAUCAGCAUCAGUUGCCAGGGCCAAGGCUUGCGCCCGCGUACAAGGCCAUAACCGCAAUAUGUGAGAGGAAGGACGAUGGACCGGGUCCACGUUGUGGGCACACAUUAACAGCAGUGGCAGCUGUGGGCGAGGAGGGCAAGCUGGCCUACGUUGGACCCCGGCUAAUUUUGUUCGGCGGAGCCACUGCGCUGGAGGGCAAUUCAAGUCAAGCUGGCCCUCAGAUGGCUGUAGCCGGUGCUGGCAUUCUGAUCGCGGGUUUGGCAGGCGCUACUGCAGACGUGCAUUGCUAUGAUAUACAUUCCAACAAAUGGUCAAGACUUAUUCCUGUUGGCGAUCCUCCUUCCCCUCGAGCAGCACAUGCAGCAACUACUGUUGGUACCAUGGUGGUGAUUCAGGGUGGUAUAGGUCCAGCAGGGCUUUCAACCGAGGAAUUACAUGUUCUGGAUCUUACUCAAGCUAAACCCAGAUGGCACAGGGUGGUUGUGCAAGGUACAGGUCCAGGUCCACGAUAUGGACAUGUUAUGUCCUUGGUGGGGCAACGCUUUCUUCUCUGUAUUGGUGGAAAUGAUGGGAAGCGGCCACUUGCAGAUGUAUGGGCUCUUGAUACUGCUGCCAAACCUUAUGAAUGGAGGAAGCUAGAGCCAGAAGGGGAUGGACCUCCACCAUGCAUGUAUGCCACAGCUUGUGCGCGAUCUGAUGGUUUAUUGCUCCUUUGUGGUGGACGGGAUGCUAACAGCGCACCAAUUGAUAGUGCUUAUGGACUUGCUAAACAUCGGGAUGGAAGAUGGGAGUGGGCACUUGCACCUGGCAUAUCUCCCUCCCCACGGUAUCAGCAUGCAGCUGUGUUUGUGAAUGCAAGACUUCACGUUUCAGGAGGUGCUCUUGGUGGCGGGCGGAUGGUAGAGGAUGCAUCUAGCGUGGCAGUUUUAGAUACAGCAGCUGGGAUGUGGUGUGAUAGAAAGGGGGUUGUGAAUACUCCACGAAUAGGGAGGUAUAGUAAUGACGCAGCUGGUGGAGAGGCUUCAAACGAACUAACUAGACGCUGUCGGCAUGCCGCCGCAGCUGUGGGUGAUCAUAUUUUUAUGUAUGGUGGGCUCAGAGGAGGAGUAUUGUUGGAUGAUCUUCUUGUAGCAGGAGAUCCGUCAGCCGUUGAAACCUUCUCGGUAGCUUCACAUUUACCAGCAUCUCAAACGAACAAGCAACAGGACGUGCGCAAGCCAUCUCAAACUGAAUUGUCAUCUACUGAUGGGGCUUCAGUCGCGAUAGGUAAUCCGGUAGCAGCGCCAUUCAACGGCCACACGUCGAUGGAUACGAGUACAGAAAACUCUGUAUCACAUGGACACCGUACUGAAAGGCGAGGAGUUGAGUCACUUGUGGAAGCUUCGGCAGCUGAAGCUGAAGCAAUAAGUGCAGCCCUAGCGGCCUCUGCAGCUGCAAAAGCAUUGCGAGAACAGAAUGAAGAGAUUGAGAAACAAACUCCUGAGAGGGAUCGUGGGGUUGAAAGUACCUCAACUGCGAAGCCUCCUCAAGCAUCUUCUGCAGCACUUAUGGCACUUAACAGAGCUUCAAUGGCCGCUACAGUAACCCAUACCCCCCCAACUGGGGUGAGGCUGCACCACAGAGCAGUUGUUGUGGCAGCAGAAUCUGGGGGUGCUCUGGGUGGAUUAGUGAGGCAGCUCUCAAUUGAUCAAUUUGAAAACGAGGGUCGUCGUGUCAGCUAUGGAACACCGGAGAGUGCUUCUCAUGCAAGAAGACUUUUGGAUCGCCAGACGUCUGUUCACGGUGUUCAAAAGAAGGUGCUUUCAUACUUGCUUAAGUCACGAGGCUGGAAGCCGCCAGUAAAACGACAAUUUUUCAUGGAUUGUAAUGAGAUAGCUGAACUAUGCAACACAGCAGAGCGACUAUUUGCUCAAGAACCAAGUGUUUUACAAAUAAGAGCCCCUGUUAAGAUAUUUGGGGAUCUUCAUGGACAAUUUGGUGACCUCAUGCGACUAUUUGACGAGUAUGGGUCUCCAUCAACUGCAGGGGAUAUCACGUAUAUUGACUAUCUUUUUCUGGGAGACUAUGUGGAUAGAGGACAACACAGCUUAGAGACAAUCACAUUGCUACUUGCGUUAAAGAUCGAGUAUCCCACAAAUGUACACCUAAUUAGGGGCAACCAUGAAGCUUCAGACAUCAACGCUUUGUUUGGUUUUCGGAUUGAAUGUGUUGAGCGAAUGGGGGAGCGUGAUGGUAUCUGGGCAUGGCAACGAAUCAACCAACUCUUUAACUGGUUGCCACUUGCAGCUUUGAUUGAGAAGAAGAUCAUUUGUAUGCAUGGUGGCAUUGGAAGAUCUAUCAACCACGUGCAUCAAAUUGAAGCUCUGCAACGUCCCAUCACAAUGGACGCGGGCUCUGUUGUUCUGAUGGAUCUUCUCUGGUCUGAUCCCACAGAGAAUGAUAGUGUUGAAGGUUUACGUCCAAAUGCUCGAGGGCCAGGACUAGUCACCUAUGGGCCCGAUCGAGUUAUGGAGUUUUGCAAGAACAAUGACCUUCAGCUCAUUGUAAGAGCUCACGAAUGUGUGAUGGAUGGUUUUGAGCGGUUUGCUCAAGGUCACCUAAUCACUCUUUUUUCUGCCACAAAUUACUGUGGAACGGCAAACAAUGCUGGAGCAAUUUUGGUUCUUGGUAGGGAUCUAGUAGUGGUACCCAAGCUUAUCCAUCCGCUGCCUCCUGCUAUCACCUCCCCGGAGUCGUCUCCCGAACGUCAUCUUGAGGAUACUUGGAUGCAGGAUCUUAAUGUUGCCAGGCCUCCUACACCAACUAGAGGACGACCACAGCCCACAAGUGACCGGAACUCGUUGGCGUGGAUUUGAUUGUCGCGCGUUUUCGAACUGACUCGUCUGCACAUUUCUUUGCUAGCCGGUCAAUCGCAUAUAUUGUUCUAAUAGGUGUUGUAAAGUAUGGUUGUUAAUUCCUCUGACAUGCCCACAUCUGCCAUUUUUUUUUUCAAGGCAUUCACUUGUGGGGCUAGUCAAGGUGCUGUAAGUAAUAUGGACCUUCACGCGGGAGGGACUGCUUGUGGAUACGAGGCCAAUUGAGCAUCGGAAUAAUGAAUGAUAGGAAACUCGUCACUCCCACUCAGAAAUAUAUCCAGAUAUGAGGCUCAUGUCCUGUUAUCAGCUCUUUAUUCUGUACUGUUCUCCCUCGAUCUUGGCAAUUCGUUUCAUUCUCAAAGGUUUUUCA